CCGUUGGCCAUUUCUCGUUUUGCUGCUGUCUCGAGCGGACGGUUAACGGAUUUUUGAAUUUAGAAAAUAUACAAAGUAAAAAACAGAAAAAUACCAGACCUGAAAACCAAUUUAUCUUGUGUGUGUGCAGGUUAAAGAACAAAAAAAAAGAGAAAAACGAAUCAAGAAAUUUAAGAAAAGUGCUGACAGUGCUAGCCGGAAAUUGGAACGCUAAAACGUCAACAUAAUUACGCGGCAAUAAUUUUCGAGAUCCCAAAUAGAUCGCCAGAAAUCAAUUGGCCCGUGUGACACAGAUUUCGGAUCGAACAAAAGCCAAAAGAGCUAACCAUUGGAUACCUAUUUAACCACCGAUCGUCGGCGAGUGCACUUCACAUUAUAAGAUUAUACCAUAUACACAAUAUGAUGUCCAGACGAGCCCUACUAAUUUCCGGACUCCUACUGAUCGUGGGCAGCUCCGCGGUGCUUUCCUACCCGCAAUCCACAGCGGACGAUGAUCAGAUGAUGAACGAUGAUGACUUCGAUUAUGGAGUUGAGGACCAGAGUGCUCCCAGUCCACAGACGAAGUCCUCGCUACCAGCAUCCACUGUAAAGGUCAACAAAACCCUGACGGUGACUGGAAUUAUAGGAGAGGAUGUGGUGCUCAAGUGCGGUUUGGGCGACAACCUGCAAAACACUAAUAACGUAAUUCUGUGGCUCUUCGGAUCGAAUGUGAUCUCCAAUGGCAAGAGCUUGAUCCAGCCGAACUUCAAACUGGACUCCAACUACGAUCUGACCAUUUUGAAGGCGAGUCCCCAGGUGGCCGGCACUUAUGUCUGCAAGAUUCUGCCCUCCGAGUCCGUGGCCAUUACGAAGGUGAUCAUUGCCGAACAUUCCCUGGAUGCCAUUGCACCGGAGAGCUCCACCUCGGCGGCGGGAUCGAGGAGCAGUUUUCUGGGCUGUACGCUCCUGGGAUCGAUCAUAUUGCUCCUCGGGAUGGGAAAACAUUAGCUUAGUUUAGUAUUACGCUGGCGGGGAUCACUGCCAAUACCCUCUACACUCUCCACACUUCUCACAGGAAUUGAGCAUUUGAAGUCUUUGUUGAUUGUAAAUUUUUGUAUUUUGUAAAGACACACGAAAUCAACUUUAUUUAUUAAAUAAAAAAGGAACCAAAGUAUACUAAGCCAUAA